AGAAGACAGAGCUACUCAGAGGGAGAGGGACAGCUGACAACAACCACGACAAACAACAUCUACAACAUCAGGUUUUCCUCUCCAAUCUCCAGGGAUGGACCAAUCUCUGAUCCUCAUCCUGUUGUUCUCAGGGCUGUCCACCCUCCCCUCAUCCCUCCCUCAUCAGUUCCACUUUGUGAACUUGAUAAAGAACUGGACUGAAGCUCAGAGUUUCUGCAGACAGAACUACACUGACCUGGCCACCAUAGAUGAGGACAUGGCAGAUAUGAAGAUGCUCAAUAACACAGUAUCAGCUGGUUGGAAAGGAUCAGCCUGGAUAGGACUGUAUAACAACAUCUGGAGGUGGUCUCUGGGAAACAGAGAGUUAGAGGGUGAGGGGUUUUGGGCCCAAGGACAGCCAAAUAUUGAUUCCAACAGCAAAGAUUUCUGUGUGUGUAUGAUGCUAAAUGGGUCUUGGUUUAAUAACAACUGUAACACGACAUCGAAUUUCGUCUGCUAUGCCAAAAAUGCGACCAAUAAGUACAUUCACAUCGAUAAAUCUAAGACUUGGAGUGAUGCUCAGAGCUACUGUCGGGGGAAACACACAGACCUGGCCAGUGUGAGGAACACAACAGAGAUGGAGGCCAUAAAGACUAUUACACUAAAACAUGACAACAAUCCAACAUACAGAGUGUGGAUUGGCCUGCAUAAACCUCUUGGUGUCUGGAGGUGGUCCGACCAGAGUGGCUCCUCCUACAGAAACUGGGACUCAGACGAGCCGAAUGGGGCAGGUUUGGGAAAGGAAGGAUAUUUCUGUGGAGAAGUAAUAUCGUCUGGAAAGUGGAAUGAUAAAGGAUGUACUCAAGAACAACCCUUUAUUUGCUACGAUGAUGAACUGGUCCUGGUCUCAGAGAACAAGACGUGGUCAGAAGCCCUGUGGCACUGCAGACACCAGAACAUGGAGCUGGUGUCUGCCCACAACCAGAACAUCCAGCACUGGGUUCAACAGAGAGCCAAGAAGGCCUCCACUCCCUUCGUCUGGCUGGGCCUGAGGUACACCUGCACUCUGGACAUCUGGUUCUGGGUCAAUGGAGAAGAGUCCUGCUACCACAACUGGGCUGACGGGGAGGGCUACAACACCAUGAAGGAGCAGUGUGGGAACACGGGGGCCAUACAGAGAGACGGGGGACAGUGGGUCUGCAAGUCUGAGACUGAAAGAUUCAACUUCAUCUGCAGCAACAGUACUGAUUACUAGGACCAGAGCCUGUUCUCUGGACCAGCUGAACCGUACAGUCCAACACAUUGUUCCAGACAAAUCUCUGUAGACCAGCUGAACCCUACAGUCCAACACAUUGUUCCAGACAAAUCUCUGUAGACCAGCUGAACCCUACAGCCCAACACAUUGUUCCAGAAACUGCUCUGUAGACCAGCUGAACCCUACAGUCCAACACAUUGUUCCAGACCAAUCUCUGUAGACCAGCUGAACCCUACAGCCCAACACAUUGUUCCAGAAACUGCUCUGUAGACCAGCUGAACCCUACAGUCCAACACAUUGUUCCAGAUCCUGCUCUGUUGACCAGCUGAACACUACAGUCCAGAAUGUUCCAGACCAGAAUGUUCCAGAUCCUGCUCUGUUGACCAGCUGAACACUACAGUCCAGAAUGUUCCAGGCCCUGCUCUGUAGACCAGCUGAACCCUACAGCCCAACACAUUGUUCCAGACCAAUCUCUGUAGACCAGCUGAACCCUACAGCCCAACACAUUGUUCCAGAAACUGCUCUGUAGACCAGCUGAACCCUACAGUCCAACACAUUGUUCCAGACCAAUCUCUGUAGACCAGCUGAACCCUACAGCCUAACACAUUGUUCCAGAAACUGCUCUGUAGACCAGCUGAACCCUACAGCCCAACACAUUGUUCCAGAUCCUGCUCUGUUGACCAGCUGAACACUACAGUCCAAAAUGUUCCAGACCAGAAUGUUCCAGAUCCUGCUCUGUUGACCAGCUGAACACUACAGUCCAGAAUGUUCCAGACCAGAAUGUUCCAGAUCCUGCUCUGUUGACCAGCUGAACACUACAGUCCAGAAUGUUCCAGACAAGAAUGUUCCAGAUCCUGCUCUGUUGACCAGCUGAACACUACAGUCCAGAAUGUUCCAGGCCCUGCUCUGUAGACCAGCUGAACACUACAGUCCAGAAUGUUCCAGGCCAGAAUGUUCCAGUCCAGAAUGUUCCAGUCCAGAAUGUUCCAGAACCUGCUCUGUAGACCAGCUGAACACUACAGUCCAUAAUGUUCCAGACCCUGCUCUGUAGACCCGCUGAACACUACAGUCCAGAAUGUUCCAGACCCUGCUCUGUAGACCAGCUGAACCGAACAGCUCAACACAUUGUUACAGAUCCUGCUCUGUAGACCAGCUGAACCCUACAGUUCAGAAUGUUCCAGACCCUGUUCUGUAGACCAGCUGAACCCUACAGCCCAACACAUUGUUCCAGACGCUGCUCUGUAAACCAUCUGAACCCUACAACCCAACACAUUGUUCCAGACCCUGCUCUGUAGACCAGCUGAACACUACAGUCCAGAAUGCUCCAGAUAUACUCAGAUGUACAUCAUACAAGGUGAUGGGAUACUCAUUAUUUUAAAUAAAUAUUUGUAUUUGUUUACAGUGAGCUCCAAAAGUAUUGGGACAGUAACAAAUGUUUAGUUGUUUUGGCUCUGUACUCCAACAUUUUCAUUGCAUGUUAGGAAUAUGGGACCAAAUACUUAGCGUUUGACUAUUUUCGUACAUAUUGAAGUGAAUUUGUCCCAAUACUUUUGGUCCACUAAAAUGGAGGACUAUGUUCAAAAAGUGCUGUCAUUUCUAAACGAUUAACCCGAUAUGGAUGAAAAUACUGACUGUCUGGACUUUAACCUCAUACUCAUUGUAUUAUUAAAGAUCCAAAGUGCUGGAGUACAGAGCCUGAAGAACACACAGAGUGUCUCUGUCCCGAUACUGUUGGAGCUCACUGGAAAUAAAACAUAGAGCUACAUAGAGUUCUCUGGAAAUAUAACAUAGAGCUACAUAGAGUUCUCUGGAAAUAAAACAUAGAGCUACAUAGAGUUCUCUGGAAAUACAACAUAGAGCUACAUAGAGUUCUCUGGAAAUAAAACAUAGAGCUACAUAGACCUCUCUGGAAAUAAUUAGCUGUUGCAAAAGUAGUAGCUACAAUUUCUUCAUGAAUCAUGACAUAACAUGACAUAAUACAGAACAUUAAUAGACAAGAACAGCUCAAAGACAGAACUAUAUCAGUUUAUAAAAUCCACACGUAGCCUAACCUGUAUCUCCGCACACUGACCCGGUACCGGAGCCCCCUGUUUAUAGCCUCCACACUGACCCGGUACCGGUACCACCUGUUUAUAGCCUCCAUAAUGACCCGGUACCGGUGCCCCCUGUUUAUAGCCUCGUUAUUGUUAUGUUAGUGUGUUACUUUUCUUUAACUAUUUUUACUUUAGUUUAUUAAGACACAUUUUUUAACUGUAUCUUGAACUGAUAUUUGAUAUUAUAUGAGGAGAUGGAAUCAUGAUUUUAUAAUGGCAUGUUUGAUAUGCAAUAUAAUAUUAUCCCACCACACUGUUGGUGUUUCCAUAUUUACUUACUAUACUUGUUGAUGUUAAUGAAUGUUAAAGGGGAACUUUUAGUUGUUCUAAACAUUCAGUUGAUUUAUUUAUUUUCUAUUACAACUUGAUGUUACUGUUUCCAGAGUCUAUUUCACUUCAUUCAUUAUUUAAUCUAGACCGUUAAUUAUAUUCCAUUACAGAAAUGUUUUAAGAUCUUUUGAGUGGUUUAAGUUGUGUUAAAUAUAUUGUACACAUGUCAUUUUUCUAUGAUACUAGUGUGUAACAUUUAAACGACAGUAUCUGUUCUGGUGCUGGUGGUGGUUGUGGUCUUCAUUUAAAGGGGAAAUCUGUGACGGGGGCAUCCGUUUUAGAUUUUUAAUCAAUGUAUGUUCAUUCUUGAAGAAUAUGACUUACAAAUGCCUCAUGAGCUUAAUUCAACUGUCCUUUUCCAUCAGAACCCAACAUAUAAACUUUUUUUACUCCAUUGUUUGUAAACACUGUAAUUGUAAACAAACACGGUUUAGUCUCAGAAACAUAGUUUAAACUAUAAUGUUGAUAUCAUGGUUAGUCAUUCUGUAUAGUCUCAGAAUCAUAGUUUAAACUAUAAUGUUGAUAUCAUGGUUAGUCAUCCUGUAUAGUCUCAGAAUCAUAGUUUAAACUAUAAUGUUGAUAUCAUGGUUAGUCAUCCUGUAUAGUCUCAGAAUCAUAGUUUAAACUAUAAUGUUGAUAUCAUAGAUGGUCAUCCUGUAUAGUCUCAGAAACACAGUUUAAACUAUAAUGUUGAUAUGAUGGAUGGUCAUCCUGUAUAGUCUCAAAAACAUAGUUUAAACUAUAAUGUUGAUAUCAUGGUUAGUCAUUCUGUAUAGUCUCAGAAUCAUAGUUUAAACUAUAAUGUUGAUAUCAUAGAUGGUCAUUCUGUAUAGUCUCAGAAACAUAGUUUAAACUAUAAUGUUGAUAUGAUGGAUGGUCAUCCUGUAUAGUCUCAGAAAUAUAUGUUUUAAUGUGGAUAUGAUGGAUGGUCAGUACAUGAAAUCAUUGCUCUGUCCAUUAAUUUGAGAGUGGUUACAUUUCUCUAGCCCCAUCCUUCAGUUUUUACCAAAAUAGUGGUGGGGUUUAGGCUUUGUUAUUGGUUGAACUGCAGAUUUCCCCUUUAACUAUUUGACUAUGGUACAUCCAUCCUUUGCACUGUACAAAAAAAAUCAUUAAAGUUAUGAAAAGGC